AUAGCUACGAAGUUGUGCAACAGUGCAGGUGGAAUCAUUCCAGUUUUAUACUACGUGUUUGACAAUUUCUCAUAUAAUUUCUCGGUGUCUUGUAAUUACGAAGACUUUAUUAUUUCACUUUAUAGAUAUUAAACACAUUCGAAUAAUUUUUUCGAACCACUAAUCGUUGUACAAGAAUUAAAAAAAUAGAAUAUUGUGAUUUCCUUUGCUGGGACGAAGGACGAAACUUGAAGCUUACCUUCCUUGUCGUGUGGUGCUCCGGAAAUUUUUGGGGUAGAAUUAUGGCUAAACUCACGGAUGUAUACCGAGCAGAGGACGUGAUCGACGUUGGAUAUAGGCAAAUACCCGUGGUGGCAGGAUCCGGUGAUGAUUCUUCAUUAAUGAUGUUAAUGGACUUGAGUAGCAAAGGCUUGUGCAUAGAUAACCCACAAAUACGUGGGAGAGAGCUUGAAAUAUUUACACGCAAGUUUAAAUUGUUAUCAGCGGAAGAACUAAGACAAUCGCUCGAAAUAGACAGCGUCACUUUCGUCUCCCUACUGAAUCAGUGUGUGCCAUGUGUGGGCUGCCGACGUCGUGUUGAACGUUUGUUCUAUCAGCUAACACUGUCAGGUCAUCCAACUCUGGAUCCGUUGGUAAUAAAAGACACGUGUGCACUUACUGUGCGUGAGGAGCGUAUGUCUGCACCACAAGCAUUAGGUACGCUGCUCUAUCGUCAUCACGAGGUGCUCAAUAAUCUACUCGAUAAUAAACUACGAAACAAAACGCGAUGUGUGCUGCAUUCAUUGGAUGCAUUUCGUUCGAGACCCUUUUCGGAGGUUUGGCGGGAAGUGUGGUUCUCAAUGAAGUAUAAUUGUCGCGAUGAAUUGGCUACCAUAGAAACAAGGGAACUGCACGAAGUGCUGGAAAACUAUUUAAAAAAGCACAAGUUUUGUCAAGGAUGUCGCAAUAAGAUCGAGAAGGCAUACCACAUACUCGUAAACGAAACGACUUGCAAAGAAGGAUUCGAUGCGGCGUUGUAUGCGAACAUUAGAAAACCGCAAUCCGAGAAGCAUAUUCAAAUUAUUACGAAAAAAGUUGACUUCCUCGACGCUCUGAUAAGGCGCGCCGAACCAGAAGUUAACGGCAGUUAUUCGAAACAGCGGGAGCGUCAUGCCAAAACUCUUGAAAUUGCGCAGGAGGAAGUGCUAACCUGCGUUGGUAUGAUAAUGUAUGAGCGGCUGCGACGUAUUUAUAUCAGUCUGCGCGAAGAAGAGAGAGCCUGUCAGGUGCUAGCAGCGGUUGGCGUGCAUGCGCUAAGUCGAAGUUUUGAUAUGGCUGUGGAACGCAAACAAGGUAUUAGUAACUUAGAAUUGCUUUACCAGGAAAUUAGCCGCGCUGAAAGAGCAAAAGAACUAAGACGGGAGCAGAAGAAACUGAAAAAGAAGUUAAAGAAAAUGGAAAAGAAGGAAAAGCUAUGCCGAAAAUAUGGCAAUGGAACUGAUAGUACCGAUUCUGAUACAGUAGAGCCAGAUGAGGAAGAAGAGGAAAACGCAGAUAAAGAAGUCCGAAUGAAAAUGUCGGAUGAGGCGCUCGAUCUGUCAGAUGAAUUUGACGAAGAGCUAAAUAAAUUGGUAGAUAUUAUGGAUAACAAUUUGCGCGCUGGUAUUAAGAAGGAAUCGCCAUCAGCGGUGGAAUAUAAGUCUCCACCACAAAAGAAAAGCAAACAAAAGAAGCAAAAAAAGCACAAACAAGAUCAGCAACAGACAAGUGGCAGCAAAAAGAAGCAACAACCGCAACAGCAGCAGCGAGUGCCUACGGUCGAGCAAACGUCAUCAGCAAUUUGUAGUACUUAUGGCAGCUCCUUGGGCAUUGACGCAGUUAGCACCGCAGGGAAAUGUGAUAUGUGUUUAUCAGCAGGGGACCAGUGUCCAUGCGAAAACGAUGUACGCGAUUCUGGUUAUGGCAGUGAACUUUUAACGCCUGAUAAUUCGCCUAUCUCUAGUGCAACCACUACACCAGAAGGUUCUGAAGUAUCCUGUUCUGAUGGUUUCUGUAAUCAUGAAAAUGGACAAGAUAUUGGAUUGGACGAUGAACAUCAACACCAUAUGUAUGAAAUAGGCAAUACCUAUAUGUGGAGGAGCAGUUCACUUAACCAACAGUAUGGGGGUACGAACUGGCUGAGCUUGCAACAAAUGCUGGAAAAUGUCGACGAGUACGAUGACGACGAAGAAAACUGUUACAUUCCACAAGAAGUGGUUUUGGAGUACCAAUGUCAGCGCGAAAAGGUUGAUCUGCAACGUAAAAAACUACGCGAAACUCUAAAGCAGAAUUUUGCGCGUUUGUGUAAACAGCAUAAAAAUGUUAAGCUACUGAACAGCAAAGAUGCAAAGUGCAGCACAUCAGGACAAUCUUGCAUCUGAAUACUGCUCAAAAUUAUGCACUCAGAAGGAAGCUGUCUGAAAACAGCAUAACUGUCCUUAAUAAUACAUAAUGUGUUGCAAUUCAAGAAUGAUUACAUACAUUUUUGAAAAAUUAUUAUUGUUUCUGCAAAUAUAUAUUGAAAUUAUUUAAAACUAUGCAAA